AUGCCGUCACGUCGCAGCGGUGGUGUUGGCACCACACGACGCAAGCACUCGGUGGGGAAUCUGAGGAGGGCGCAUCCGGCAUCGGGUGCCACGUGGAAUGUGCAGGUGGUGCGUGGCAAGAUGUCCUCCAAGUGCUUGUGGCACGCCUGUCGCGCCCUGAUCCUCGGCCUCACCUUGAUGCUGGUGGGUGCGGGCAUGGCCACCCUGGGCUACUACGCGGAUCAUCUGUCGAUGGGCUCCGAGUUGCGGGGAAAUGUCACGGUGCGGGUGAAGAACGACCUCAAGGGUUUCCACCUGAACAACUUCUCUUAUGUGGGACCCAUUGUCAUGGGCUUCGGUGGCUUUAUUGUGGUCGCCUCCUGUGUGAUGACCUUCGAGGCACGAGACUCGGCCGCCAAAGUGGUACCUGCUCGUCUUCGUGCCGGCGGUGGCAGCUGCAACAAAUCAUCGGCUCGACACGGCAGCAAUCAAGGCAGCUCCGCCUCCCAAAGGCGUGGCAUGGGUGCACAGUAUCAGUCUACGCGUUGGGAUCAACACUUUGGCGUCUUUCGCUCCUCACCUGGCGAUGCACAUCAGCAGCUGCAGGCGGUGACAGGUGCAACAGGUGAACAGCAACUGCAGCAACAACAACCCUUCGAUCGGGAAGCCCUCACCGCGGAGCUCAUCAAGUUCUCCAGGUCACUCAGCGCAUCUACACGCUUCUCGCCACAGUCACAGCUGCGUCGUCCAACACUGUCCACUGUCCAACACUACACCGGUUCGGUGCCCAACUUGUCCACCAUCCCAACAAAUUUCAAUUCCAAUUCCAAUUCAUCUGAAUGCAACAACGACAUUAAUCCAUGCAAUCUGUUCUCGUCGCACCUUAACAAUAACAACACAACGCUGGAAUUACAACAACAACAACUGUGCUGCAAACGUCAUCAUCAUCAUCGACAUCAUCAUCAUCAUCAUCAACAUCAUCAACACUCUCAUCAUCCACACAAACAACGCAAACAACAACAAUUAUUUUUGUCGAGCAGUAGCGUUCGUCGCGUUCGCAACACAGCUGUGGCACGACCUGGAGGAGGCGGAGGAACUGCGCAUGGAGGUGGCGGUGGUACCACCUCUCGGGGUGCAUCCAAUACACGCAUCAUUAGCAACUCCUCCAGUUUAAUACAGCGUGCCACACGUGAAUAUGCCACCUGCACCUUGUUGCAACCGCCGUCAGCGGCCGCGAGUCGCGUUUAUUGGCACGCCUCAUCCUUUGACGCCGGCAUGGGCGGCAAUUUGAGCGGGGGCGUGGCACACAGUGGCAGCGAGAAACGCGCCGAGCGCAACAAACGCUCCGACACGGCAAAGCGGCACGUGCUCGCACGUCAGCGUCCCAUCGAGCAGGAGGAGGCGGCUCGGGAUCGAGAGAGAGAUCGGGAGAGAGAUAGAGAUCGGGAGCGAGAACGUUGCAGUCCGCUGGGGCAUAGGCGAAACUCGACAAUGUCGGACUCGUCGUAUAGCGGCCGCUGGACGGCGCGUUGUGCCUCGGUGGCGAGUCGCACCUCGAGCAUUGAUUCGCGGCGGGUGCAGGUGGAUCUGCACAGUCCGGAAGUGAUGCCCAAGUCAAUAUUACGCUCACCCAAACGCUACAGUUCCGGUCCCUCGGCAACGCCAUCCGUUGAGAAGGAGUUCCGCAGCCAAUUGUCGGUGUGCUCGGAGCCGCCACCGCCAAUGCGUCAAUUGUCGGGACAGUCGAGCAUGGAGCCGGCUGUGCCGGAGGAGAGCAUCGAAAUAAUCGAUGAGCGUCACGUCAACGCCGAGUGCAACGUCUCCUACACUGAGAUAACGCAACUGGAGCACCACAAAAGCAACCUGCCACCAAAGAAACCACGUCCUGACUUCUUGCCACUCGGCAGUAGUGCAGAUCAACCUCAAUUGACACAAAAUCAGCUCUAUAGAAGCAACAGUUCCAGACAGUUCUACAGACCCAAGCCGGGCAUAGCCAAUGAAAGGGAUGACUCCGUGUUCUAUAUACGCUCCUUGGAGCGAGGUGCCAGCUCCACAAGUGGCGAUGAUCACAUGUACGACUCCUUGAGGGUCAUCAAUGAACGACGCUCCACUUUGCUCAAAGCGGAUUCUCAGAGUUCUCUUGGAUCUGCCGAGCGUAAGUUGAGCAGUUUUUCACUCAAAAUGCCGGAUAUAACGGAGCGAGAGAAUUCUAUAGACAUAGAGGAUCCUCCCAGAACGGAGACAGCAACUAAUGCAAAAAAACAGGAGGAAGAAGUAAGAGAAGUAGUAAAAGAAGAAGUUUAAAUACCCUGUAGAUAAUACAAGUGUAUGGAAUAUUUAGUAACCAAAUGCCAACGACAGUUACUUUAAAACAGAUCGAUAAGCUUAAUUGC